AUGGCGAUGAUGAUGACUGGCCGUGUGCUGCUGGUGUGUGCCCUCUGCGUGCUGUGGUGCGGUGCCGGCGGUAGAUGUGACGAGGAGGGGACGGCAGUUCCUGGGAGUGGUGCUGGUGGACCUCCGCCGGCAUCCGAAGGAAUUGGAAUGCCUCCACAAGACACCAAAAACUUAGAAUUUGGACCACAAGAUAUUGAUUCUAAAGCGUCACCCGAAUCUUCCCCACGUAUAGAGGAAGCUGAAGAUGAAGAAAGUGAUGGGGAAGAAGAAACGGCGGAAGAAACAGAAGAGGAAAAAGAAGAAAACAUUAAGGCACUAACCGACACACACGAGAGCCACAAAAAUGAGGGGGCACCACAAUCAUUAUCCGCACCACCGCCACCACCGCCACCACCGCCACUACCGCCAUCGGGUGGACCUGCACCAUCAUCAACAGCAGUUGAAGGAGGCCCAACAGCAGAAAAAGAAAACUUACAGAAAGUAACCAAAAAGGACUUAGAAGCACCGGAACCGCCUUCAGGGGAUGCUACACAAGGGCAGCACAGUCAUGACACGGACACAGAGGAUUCGACGAAGAAUGCAGCAACCGGCAGUCCAGCAGAACCGACAACCUCAUCUACCUCUACAAUUGGCAGCGGUGAUCAUGUCCAGAAUAAGGCAGAUAAGGAUGAUGCUCAAAGCUCUGAAGGACAACACGACAGCCUUGAAACUGGCAAUACCAACGUUGUUCCAACUCUCAGUGAGACAGGACCACAAACAGCAAAAACAAUCAGCACCGCCAACACAACUGAUACGACGAAUACACAAAACAGUGACGGCAGCACCGCGGUCUCCCACACCACCUCCCCUCUUUUGCUUCUUCUUGUUGCGUGUGCGGCUGCUGCUGCGGUGGUGGCCGCGUGA